UUAUUGUUUUAUUUAUUUAUUUAAGAAGCCAUUAGGGCGACAAGUUACCUUAUUCUUCUCAUUAUGUUCCCCUUUUACAGAGAAACUCAAGAUAUUUUUCCAACGCAGUGUUACUGGGGAUAAUUGCUUGACCAUUUAAAGGGAGCCCACCAGUUUGGCAGAAUGUAGUCUUAAAUGGCCAAUAAAACCAUCAGAGCAUGAGCAAGCUCUAGGGGCCGCCAGAGAGGUGGCCACGAUUAUUUGUGCAGAAAAGUCAAGCUCAGGAUCCGGUGUUUACUGAGAAGACUGGCACCUAUUACCAGAGUGACUGCACCUGGAACAUUUUCUGAUUUAUAAAAAUGGCAUAUGGAAAAGAACAAGCAAUAGUUGGAUUGCCAAAUACAAAUGCAGAGAACACCCACGUGGAGCCACGUCCGGGAGGGAAAGCCAGGUGCAAAUGCAGCAGCAAGGCACCAUCUUGGGGAGGCAGCUUUGGCCACUACUGCAGCACCAGCAAGGCUCUGUCUCUGAAGACUGAACAGGCCUCCUCCAGACCCCAAGUCUGCUGGCACCUUGAUCUUGGACUUCCCGGCCUCCAAAGCUGAUCUCCUUCGAGAUGUCUUCCCUGCCUAUCUGCUCAGCAUUUCUUGCUCCAAACCUUGUCUCCCACUGGAUUAAGUGCCUCGUCCAGCAAGGGUGAACCUGAGACUUGAGUGGGGGUGACGGGAGGGAGAAAUGGAGGCCAGAGACAAACGAGUGCUCCGUUCCCUACGCCUGGAGCUAGGUGCAGAAGUGUUGGUGGAGGGAUUGGUUCUUCAGUAUCUUUACCAGGAAGGAAUCUUAACAGAAAACCAUGUUCAGGAAAUCAAAGCUCAAACCACGGGCCUCCGGAAAACAAUGUUGCUGCUGGAUAUCCUGCCUUCCAGGGGUCCUAAAGCAUUCGAUACCUUUCUAGAUUCUCUACAAGAAUUUCCCUGGGUAAGGGAGAGGCUGGAGAAGGCAAGGGAAGAAGCCAUCACUGAGCUGCCUAAAGGUGACCCGGUGCCUGGGAUCCCCUCGCACGUCCUCAACAGCUCCCCGUCAGACCGGCAGAUCAGCCAGCUGGCGCAGAAGCUGGGCUCCGAGUGGGAGCACGUGGUGCUGUCGCUGGGGCUGUCACACACAGACGUCUACCGCUGUAAGGCCAACCACCCCCACAACGUGCAGUCGCAGGUGGUGGAGGCCUUGGUGCACUGGCGGCAGCGCUACGGGAAGCAGGCCACCUUCCUGAGCCUGCACAGGGGCCUGCAGGCGGCGGAGGCGGACCCUGGGCUGCUGCAGCACAUGCUGGAGUGAACUAUGUCCCUGGAUGGGUCCCCUCCAGCCUCGGACUGGCCCCAGAGCAGGAGGUUUGUUUUGGCCCUUUCUUUUCAGUGACCCCUAGAUGGUAAGAGAAAACAAGGUUUCUACUUGACAUUACUUAAGACCAGGUUAGCCAGGUGUGAUGGUCCAUGCCUGUAACCCCAGCACUCUGGGAGGCUGAAGCUGGAGGAUCGAAAGUUUCAGCCAGCUUGGACAAUUUAAUGACUUAGCAAGACCCUGUCUCAAAAUUUUAAAAAGUUUUUAAAGGACCAGGGAUCUAACUCAGUGCAAGGGCCUUGAGUUCACUACCAAGAACCAAAAAUAAAAAUAAAUACCGUAUAACUCAGUAGAUCUCCACAUUGUUUCAACAGCCCAUGAUUUUUAAUUGCUUGAAGAUUGCAUUGUAAUUGUGCAGCUUUAAACUGUGUGGUUACCUUUUAAUAGACAAGGAAGUCGUAGUCAUUCAAAAAAAAGUACCAUGUUAUCCCGUUGCAUGCAGGUGUCCUGUACAUAAAACAUCCAUUUUUAUGUUGCCUGGAAACUGAACUGUGGACUUUGCUGUUCAUAAUGAUGAUGAUAAUAAAAAGUGAACUACUAUUUA